AUGAAAUUUUCUGAGUGUGUCACUUUCUUCGAACGUUUCAUGCAUGAGGAGGUUAAAAAGAUGUACUACUGUGAACCAAGCCUUUCCCUGAUGGAUUGGCUUAAUCCCAUUUCAGAUGAUGUGGAAUUCACUGCUUCUAUAUUUGAUGCUUAUGGAACAGAUGGUGUAAUUUCUGUUUAUAUCGAUCAUGUUGGAGUGGGAGUAGAUGGGUGGUUUGAUGAUGAGGAGGUUGAUGAUGAUCAUGGGUCUUGUAUUGAUGGUGAAAAUGAGGAUAAUAUAGAUGAACUUAGGAAUGGGAAUGUGGAAUUCAAAUGA